CCAGAAUACAUUAGCAGCAAUCUGCAAUCUUGUUCCCCUUGUUUCCACUUUCCAGUCUGAUUUUACCGAGCCUUUUUCCGGUUACCAAGUUCGGCUGAGAUCCAUGUGCGGCGGCGCUAUCAUCUACGACUACAUCCCGCCUCGCCGCCAGGCGUCCGCCGCCGACCUCUGGCCCGACGCCGACGAUUAUGACGCCCACGACCAUCCCCUAGACAAAGCGCGCCGCGUGACUAAGCGUGAGCGGAAGAACCGGUACCGCGGCAUUCGGCAGCGGCCAUGGGGUAAGUGGGCGGCGGAGAUUCGCGACCCUGUCAAGGGCGUCCGCGUCUGGCUAGGCACCUACCCCACCGCCGAGGCCGCUGCGCGCGCCUAUGACCACGCGGCGCGGCGCAUCAGGGGCGCCAAGGCCAAGGUCAACUUCCCCAACGAGGUCCUCAACGGCGCGCGCACCCUGCACCUGCACGCCGCUUCGUGCACCGUGGCACCGGCAGUUGCUGCUCCGCCGGCUGUGUUCCUUUCGCCCAAGAAGGAGGACAAGUGCGAGUCGGCAGCAUGCUCCGGCGAGGUGAAGGAGCUCUCCGAGGAGCUGAUGGCGUACGAGAACUACAUGAACUUUCUUGGAGUCCCGUACAUGGAGGGCGGGGAGGCGGCCGCGCCUGUCGCCGCCGUUGUCCCCGAGGAGGCGCCGGCCACUCUAUGGAGCUUCGACGACUACUACCCGCCGUCUCUCGAGCUCUGACCAUACGUCCAUACGGCGUCUCUCGAGCUCUGAUCGCACUAGA